AUGGCGGACUUCAAAGGUGUGGGUCUGAGGAUUGCUGCUGACCACGGAGCUCCAAGUCCGGACACGUUGACCCUGUUCUUUACAGGACUCCCAGAGACAGGAGACCUGCGCCCAAUCCAGGAGGAGCUGGAGCAUGAGAGCAGGCUGCAUGAAGACAUCAUCCAGAUGGACUUCAUGGACUCCUACCAGAACCUGACCCUGAAGACCCUGAUGAUGAUGAAGUGGCUGGGAUCCCACUGCCCCAACACCUCCUUUGCCAUGAAGGUGGACGCUGACAUCUUUGUGAACGUGUUCCACCUCAAAGACCGCCUCCGGACCUCCCCCACACAGAGCUUCAUAACAGGGUCAGUGAUCUGGGAUGGCAGGCCCAGGAGGGACCCCAGCAGCAAGUGGUACCUGUCAAAGGACAUGUACCCGGAGGACAGCUUCCCCCCUUACGUCUCCGGAGCAGGGUAUGUGUUCUCCUCUGAUCUGGCAGGACGGAUAUCCUGGGCUUCCAGGUCUGUACAGCUGAUCCCCAUGGAGGAUGUCUACGUGGGUCUGUGUUUGAGGGUCCUGGGGGUCCGGCCCGUCUACUCCCGCAGCCUGUUCUUCCUCAGGAACCUCUUUGAGAUCCGAAAGCUGGACUACGACAGGUGCACCUUCGCUGGACUCAUCAUCGUCAACAACUUUGAGCCUUCAGAGCUGCUGCGGGUUUGGCCCGACUUCUUCAAAGGUCACGCCCACUGCUGAACACCUUCCAGGUGACUUCACUGAGGAGCAGCUGUCAAUCAAAACAGGAAGCAGAGCCAUGACAGG